ACCACACAUUUCUCUUUUCCUGCUUCUCUCUCUCUCUCUCUCUCUCUCGAGUUGCAGAAAACAUUUGCCGCGAAUGUGGAACCUCCGGUGCCUCGUCUACCUCUGCCUCCUCUCGUUGGUCGCUGCUCAGGGAUCUACCAACACAACUUCUCCAUGGCUAACAUUAACGGGAGCUGCCCCUUUGGUGGUGGCACAUGGUGGGUUUUCAGGUUUAUUUCCUAGCUCCAGUUUCAACGCCUACUCGUUGGCUGUGAUUACUAGCGUACCCAACGUCAUCCUCUGGUGUGAUGUACAAUUGACUAAAGAUAAAGCCGGGAUCUGCUUUCCAAGUCUUAAUCUCCAGAAUUCUUCCACCAUUACUUCAGCCUUUGAUAAAGGGGAAAACACCUACAAUGUAAACGGAGUCCCUGUUAAAGGAUGGUUUCCUAUCGAUUUCACCCUUGAUGACCUCGGCAAAGUGUUCUUAACCCAGGGCAUCUACUCGCGAAGUCCAGUUUUUGAUGGGUCUUCCUCAAUUCUUACCGUCAAUGACGUCGCCGACCAAAUACAACCACCUGGACUGUGGUUAAAUAUCCAGCAUGACGCGUUUUACAAGCAGCAUAAUCUGAGCAUGACAAGUUUUGUGACAAACUUUAUGAGAAAUACUUCGGCAAAUGUCUCCCAUAUAUCUUCACCGGAAGUCAAUUUCCUUACAAGUAUUGCACCAAGUUUCAGACGAAGCACAACCAUCGUGUUCUGUUUUCUAGGAAAGUCGGAGACUGAGCCUACAACCAAUCAAACAUAUGGUUCACUUUUGAGAAACCUGACAUUUAUCGGGACAUUUGCUUCGGCCAUUGUGGUUCCUAAAUCAUAUAUAUGGCCUGUUGGCACUGACUUGUAUUUGGAACCCGCUACCACACUCGUCCAGGACGCCCACAAGGCCGGUCUCCAAGUCUUUGCUUCCAAUUUCCUGAAUGAUGUGCAACUUCCCUAUAAUUACAGUUAUGACCCUGUACAAGAGUAUCUCUCUUUUGUUGACAAUGGCGAUUUUGCUGUUGACGGCGUCCUUUCAGACAACCCAAUAACUCCGUCUGCAGCUAUUGAUUGCUUAUCUCGCAUGGGGAAAAACGAAUCACAGAAAGUAAAAGCCUUGAUAAUCUCAUAUGAAGGAGCAAGCGGGGAGUACCCUGGGUGUACUGACAUGGCAUAUAAGAAAGCUGUUUCAGAUGGUGCAGAUAUUAUCGACUGUCCUGUUCAGAUGACGAGUGAUGGAAUACCAAUUUGUUUGGGUUCUAUAAACCUUCUUGAUAGAACAAGCGUUGCAAACUCACCUUUUAAUAAGCCUUUAGUAAUUCCUCAGCUCUCUGGUGCUGGAAUCUUUACCUUCCAACUCAAAUGGGAAGACAUUCAGACCUUGCAAGCUGUAAUGUUCAACCCAUAUUCAAACUACUCUCUAUCGAGGAACCCUAGAUUCCAAAACGCUGGCAAGUUUAUGACUUUGUCUCAGUUUUUGGACUAUGCAAGUAAUUCUACUUCCCUUUCUGGAGUCUUGAUUAACAUAAAGAAUGCAGCAUACCUAGCAUCUGGUCAGGGAAUGAGUGUAACAGAUGCAGUGAUGGGCGUCUUGAAUACGUCUUCUUACAAUAACCAGAGGAGAAAGAAAAUUUUGAUCCAGUCUUCAGAUAGCGCAGUGCUGAGAUUAUUCAAGGCAAGAAGCAACAGACAUGAGCUUGUUUAUGAGGUGGAUGAGAAUAUCCGUGAUGCACUCAACUCGACCAUCUCAGAUAUCAGUGAGAUUGCCAAUUCCGUUAUCAUUGGAAAGGAAUCCGUGUUCCCUCGCAACGCAGGAUUUCUUGGUGGACAAACCGAUGUUGUCGCAAAGCUUCAGGCUUUCAAGCUCCCUGUCUACGUACAAUUCAUGAACAAUGAAUUUGUUUCACAACCUUGGGAUUUUUUUUCAGAUCCAUACGUCGAAAUAAACUCCUACAUCAAUGGAGUCUCGGUCAAUGUCAACGGUGUUAUUACGGAUUACCCCGCCACUGUUGCCAAAUACACAAGGAACCGUUGCUUAGGGUUAGCAGCGAAUAUGACACCGGCAUACAUGGCUCCUGCAUCGCCUGGCCAAUUGUUCUCAGUCAUGACACCCCAAUUUAUUCCACCAGCCGAGGCUCCUAGCCCUAUUCUCACCGAUGCUGACGUUGCGGAAGGUCCCAUACCUCCAGCUAGAAUACCAUCUCCGCCUUCUGGUGGUGGUUCAACAGGGCCGCCUACGGCAUCACCAAGCGGUGAACCACCUAAAGCUGCCGUGGGCGUCGUGUUUUCUUUUCUUGCCGUUAUUGUUGUGGCGACGGUGUUGGUGUUUUGAGGUGGUGGUUGUUGAUGCGUAAGUGUAACCUAAUUUAGGAGAUUUUGAUUUCGAUUCAUAUUGUUGUAUUGUAAGUAAGUAUAUUAUUGAUUCAUUUGUGGAAUAAUGUUAAUUUGAAACAUAAUACAUGUUAGCUUUCUUUGUUUGAA